CGCGACGCGUCACGUCCGCGCAGUCGGUCGACGCAGGUCGACGGGUCGUGAUCGGCUGCUAAGGAAGGUCGCGAUCGGGUUUUAAACGUCACGUCAGGUCAAAUCAGGUCAGUUGAUUAUUUGUAGCUGUCGUCGUGCUAAAUAAUCGUCGUAUCGCGCAGAAAUGUUUCACUUACGGAGUCUUACGCGGUCAUCGAUUGUCGGUCUGAAGCAAGCGUCGAGCAAUGACGUCGUGCAGAACAUGUUGGCGCGCGCCGCGCUGGCUGUCGUUCAAACGGCAGCCCGUCGCGGAUAUGCCGAUCACCAAAUUCCAGACCGUCUCAAGGACGUGCCUGAAGCCCCGAAUCCUAGGUUCUUCGAUAUGGUGGAAUACUUUUUUCAUCGCGCCUGCCAGAUCAUCGAAGACAAAUUGGUCGAAGACAUUGACAAACGAUCACGUGUAGCCAUCGAGGAGCGCAAGAAGAAAGUCAAGGGUAUCUUGAUGCUCAUGGAGCCCUGUGAUCAUAUCCUCGAAACUACGUUUCCGCUUAGACGUGACUCGGGUGACUACGAGAUGAUCACCGGCUAUCGUGCCCAGCAUUCAACCCAUCGAAUACCCUGCAAAGGAGGUAUUCGAUUCUCGAUGGAUGUUUCGCGGGAUGAAGUAAAGGCUCUGUCAGCUCUAAUGACAUUCAAGUGUGCGUGCGUCGACGUACCUUUUGGCGGUGCUAAAGCCGGCAUUAAGAUAAACCCUAAAAACUAUUCGGAACACGAAUUGGAGAAAAUAACCAGGAGGUUUACAUUGGAAUUAGCAAAGAAGGGAUUUAUCGGACCCGGUGUUGAUGUACCUGCACCGGACAUGGGAACCGGCGAGCGGGAAAUGUCCUGGAUAGCAGACACUUAUGCAAAAACUAUCGGUCAUCUCGACAUCAACGCUCACGCUUGCGUCACCGGCAAACCUAUUAAUCAGGGUGGCAUUCAUGGCCGCAUUUCCGCGACAGGUCGUGGAGUGUUUCAUGGAUUGGAGAAUUUUAUCAACGAGGCUAAUUAUAUGAGCAUGAUUGGUACUACACCUGGUUGGGGAGGCAAAACGUUUAUUAUCCAAGGUUUUGGUAACGUAGGUUUGCAUUCAAUGCGUUACUUACAUCGCGCCGGUGCGGCUUGUAUAGGCGUGAUUGAACACGAUGGAUCCAUUUAUAAUCCAGAUGGCAUAGAUCCAAAGGAAUUAGAAGAGUAUCGCAUAGAAAACGGUACCAUCGUUGGCUUUCCUGGAGCCAAGCCAUAUGAAGGUGAAAAUCUUAUGUACGAACCGUGUGACAUAUUUAUACCCGCUGCCAUAGAAAAAGUAAUUACCAAAGAGAAUGCCGGACGUAUCCAGGCAAAAAUAAUCGCAGAAGCUGCCAAUGGGCCGACCACUCCUGCCGCAGAUAAAAUUCUAAUUGAUAGAAAUAUUCUUGUAAUCCCGGAUUUAUAUAUUAAUGCCGGUGGUGUCACAGUCUCAUUCUUCGAAUGGCUAAAGAACUUGAACCACGUAUCCUACGGCCGUCUUACCUUCAAAUAUGAGAGAGAGUCCAAUUAUCAUCUCUUAGAAUCGGUACAGGAAUCUCUGGAACGUAGGUUUGGUCGUGUCGGCGGCCGUAUUCCCGUCACGCCAUCCGAAGCUUUCCAGAAACGUAUAUCGGGUGCUUCCGAAAAAGACAUUGUCCAUUCUGGUCUGGAUUAUACAAUGGAAAGAUCCGCUAGGGCCAUUAUGAAGACUGCCAUGAAAUUCAAUCUUGGGCUCGACUUAAGGACAGCCGCAUAUGCCAAUUCGAUUGAAAAGAUAUUUACUACUUACUCAGAGGCCGGUCUCGCUUUCUAAGUAUUUUAGUCGCAAAAUUGCACACAGUAAAUAUUGUAAUAAUGAUAAAAACAAAGUCAGUUUUUAAUCUUUUGAUCACAAAUGACUUGAUAUAUCGUCUAAGAAAUUCAUAGAUAGUUGAUUACGAUUAUAUCAAUUCGCGAGUAGUAUUCAAACUUUCGAUGGAAACGUAUCUCGUCUAGCAGUAUCAUUUAUCACGUUUCACAUUGUAAUAAUUUGCCUCCGUUAUACAUAUAUAUGUAGAUAAAUAUAUAUAUAUAUAUAUAUAUAUAUAUAUAUAUAUAUAUAUAUAUAUAUAUAUAGAAAAAGAUUCACCGGAUAUUAAAAAAUCGUCAAUUAGCAUUACGAAAUAGCAUUCAAAAAGAAAUCGACAUUGAUUAUUCUUUUUGCAAAAUGGCUGACAAAUAAGUAAAAUCAGUGCAUUUUUAUAUUCCAAUUUUUAUGCAUGUGAACUUGAUAAAUACAAGAAAGUAUAGUACGUUUUAAAGCUGUCUUAUAUAAAGCAAAUAAAUAUCUAUAAUUCGCUAGUUUUCUUGAACAUGCGAAUUUUAUAUACUACUAUUACCAGCUAUAUUACACACUGACAAGAAAGAAACCGUUAUGAUUUUAUUAUUUACAACAAAGACUUUGACUUUUGUCGAAACUUGGAAAGCGAUACAAGACACGUGUAUCUAACCAGAUAUACGAUACGAACAUACAUUUGUUAUAUACACGCAAGAUUCUGUUAAUAAAAAAGCACUCAAUUUUGAAAUUGAGGUUUUAAUUAUGCGCAAAUAGCACAAAAGUGUCGUUUGUGAUGUUAUCCGAUAUGUCGAGUGCGUUUAAUAAGUGCCAUCGCAACAAUACGCUGUAAUUGUCGCGCGAUAAUACUGAAAUCGCAAAAAUAAAAAUUUAUAGUUAGAUAAUUUAA